ACAUAAGAAACCACAAGCACAAAAAUCAUAAACUAGAAAAGAAAAAAAAAACAGUGAAAAUAAAUCUCACGCAGACCCAUCAAUAUUUAGAAUAUGAACGCAUUGUCUCGUCAAGUGGUAGCACGAGCAUAAACACCGCACUACAUAAGAUGUAAAAUAACUAACCCCAUAAGAGAGACACAACCAUAGAUUUUGAAAUUACAUUUUCUUCAAAUAUGAGAUACAGAGCCAACAAUCAUUCAUCCUCUACUAAUGCGACAAAUUCAUACAAACUUACUAAAGCGAGUCCAACAACAAUAAUUGACAUAUAUCUCCAGCCAAAAGGUUGUGAGUUCGAUUCCCCACUUCCACAUAUUUGUACUAAAAAAUAUAACUCUAUACCUCAUUUAUGGAAUGAAUUGAAUUGAAGGCUACAAAUUUAUAUAAAAGAAAACCAAUAACACAUACAAAUAUACUAAUGAAAGCAAACACACAAACCACUAGAAACUACAAAUUUUCUUAAAUUCAACAUAAAUUUGAUUAUUCCACCAUCAUUUAAAUUAGUCAAUAAUCGUAUCUUGGUUAGGUUUUAUCCAACUCAAACCCAACAAACUUAGUCAAGAAAAUUAUAAUUGCAUUCUACUAUAGUUGGACCUUAAUUCUUCUAGCAAUAACUAAGUUCAAUGUCUAUGGUAAAAAAGAUUAUUAAAAAAAACUUCAAUAUUGGAAAUCAAAGUCAACCAACCAAGCCACUACCGUUGAGUUCCAUCCCUUUAAUUAAAUAUUCAUUUUACUGUUUUUUUAAUUUGAGAAAAAAAAACGUAUUUUUUAGGCCAUUAAUAUUUUUAUGUUACUUUCUUUCUUUCUUUCUUUGUGUUGGUUGUUUUCUUUAUAAGAACCAGUUUUCCCACUGAAAUUUUCAAAGCCAAACCCAAAAAACUCAAAACAGUUCAUAAAUUCAUCAGAAAAAGAUGCCUAGAAAAUUGCAGAAAUCGCUUCAGGAUUACCUCUCGAAGAUCAAAAAGCCAACGCCGCAGAUUCAAUUUCCCAAUCCCAACACGUUUUCGUCUUCAAAAAGUUGGAUUUUGUCUGGUUGCAAGCAUCCGAAGACGCUCUCCUUCGCCGUCGAUCGGAAACAAGCCGACGGCGGCGCCGGUAACAACGACGACACCGCCGCCACGCUCGCCGAUAUCGACCGGUUCCUUUUCGAAAACUUCCGGUCGUUGUACCUGAAAGAGGAUGAAGAUUUCGGUGAGAGAAAAGCAGGGGGGGGAGAUCGAGACGGCAAGAAUCCAAGAGGAGUUUCACCUGAAUCGCUGAUGGAUUCCUACAGCGGAUCUCACCGAUUCUUCUUCUCCCCUGGCUCAUCGGGAUCUCUUCCGGACGAUACUCAGACAGAAUCGUCGGAAAAUGCAGGAUCGAGCUCUUCGUCUUUGAAUUGCGAAGAUCGAGGCAAAGACCUAAAACUUCCGAACGAUUGCAUCGCGAUUCUGAGGUACUCGCUGAGUCCGUCUGAGGAAUUCCGGCGAUCGAUGCAAGAGAUGAUGGAUGCUCAUUUGAAACACAAUGAGAAAAUCGACUGGGAAUUCAUGGAAGAGCUUCUGUUCUCCUUCCUAAAUCUGAACGAGAAGAAGUCGCACAAGUACAUACUAAAUGCUUUCGUGGAUUUGAUUGUGAUUUUGCGGCAGAAAGCCGACGAUGCUCCGGCGAAGGCCCGGACCGUCCGAAGCGUUAGAAUGGUGAGGAGAAUGAUGUGAAAUUUGCAGAAUUAAUCAAACGAUGUUGAAAGUGAAACAAAGAUUUCAUAAAAUAAUAAUGAACACAGUAAGUGGUGGGGAGAAAUAUAUUAUGAUUUGGAAUUUUUGAAGCUGUUAGAACAAUUGUAGUCUUUGUCUGGUUCUACAACUCAAAAAGAACAGACUUAAUUAAAUGUAUUCUACAUUCUCAAGUAAAUUCAACUCUGUUUCUGGAUCGUACUGAUUUUCUUUUUUUUUUUCUUUUUCAUUUUUUUUAACUAUUUAUUCCAUAGCCUUAAAUUAACUAGAAAAUAACGCUGAAAAUCAAUCCCAACACAUUUGAUAGCCUUAAAAAGUGAUUCUGGAGACUAGGGAGGCUCUUCGUCGUCUCAGGUCCGUUGGAUCAGCUGAUAUUUUGGCUUUUGACCUUUAUGUCCUGUGAAAUAGGUGUUUUCCCUUCCA